UUCAAAGUCACAAUGUGAUCUUUCCUCUCUUUCCUUGUGUAUUUUGCUUAUCAGUAAAAACAGUUAAUGUGAUUAGUAUUUGUUGUUCUCUCUGGCUGUUUGAGAGAAAUGAGGCAGCUGAGAUUUUCGAACAAUUGUUUCAAGCUUUCUGCAUUUCAUGGACACGGAACUAUACACUUGCGGUUUUCAUGUGCUUUUCAUAUUUUGGAGAUUAUCUUCAGUGAUGAGAGGAAGAGUCUUAAAAUUGAUGGGAAGUUAAAACAGCAGGCUUGUCCUUUUAUGCCUAUAAAUUCUGCAUCAUUGACCUGUUGUGAAUUGGCUCAGCUUGAACCCAGCUGAAGGCAUUUUGGCAAGCCGUGCAUAUAUUUACUUCAUGAUAUAUUCUACUUUUGAUGAAGGGCUUGAUAAAGAAUAUUUGCAGGACUGUUGAUUUUGCUCUUGCACUUUUCAUUAAUACUUUUUCUGCUUGGGUGACAUUGUUCUUUGUAAUGCUGAGGGUGCGGUAUAAAGGCAAAGUGAAUGAAGAAGCCAAGACUGAAAUUAAACUAGAGGUGAUAGUGUGUCUGAUGCCAACGGGUGUUUCUUGGUGAAGAUGCAUUUCUUGUAAAGUAGUUCCUGUGCUAUCAUCUGAGAAUAGGGAAAGAGAUCUCUAUGAGAUACUGCUGGUAACAUGCACUACUGUGACUGCAGGGCAAGAAACUAUGCAGAUUGCAUAAAUCAGCAGCAAACACCACCUUGCUAGUCUUGACUGAGGAAACUGGGGCUUCCCUGUUUUUCCCAAAGCUCCAAAGAAGCUUGGAUUUGAAUCAGCUGCCAGCAGCUGCUCCUUUCCCAGGCUCUUCUCUGUUGCUGCUAAAAUAUCUGAUCCUGAUGUUAGAAUUUGAUACUACUGGGUAACCUACUGCUUUUUUACCUAUCAUUUUAAAAUUUACCAUUUUCUCUGUUGGUCAUUGCUCGUUCAGCAGCUUGAAAAUGCUGAUCAUGGUGCUCUUCUUUUGUCACUGUCAUUUCAAAGGGUCUCCUGGAGUUCUGCAUCUUUCACCAGUUUUUGGUUUCUCCAAUCCAUUACGAGUUUGGGGUAUCAUCUGUACAUGUAUGCUGUGCCAUAAUGAAUAAGGGUUUUCUUACCAAAUCUAACCUAGUGUAAAUCGAUCCUGUAACUGAAGCAAAAACAGUAUAGGCAAGGGUAUUUCUAAAUGCUCCCUCUUUGCUUUUGAAUCACUGGCCUGAGGCUAUUUGCACAGUUCUGACUGGCCAAAACUGCUUCAGAAACAUUAAGUUGAUUCUGUCCUGUGCCAUUUUCCUUUGGAUUAUAAGAUAAAUACGACAAUCUAGAUGCAAACUUUCCAAAACAGUUUCUAGACCUAAAAUAAACAUUUAGGAGAGCAUCUCAAAUACAAUUAAGUUGCUACCCAAUUCUAAACUGAAUGCCAGAGUGCAUGUGGAGGCAUUUACUUGCACCUGGGCAAGUAAUUUGCACGUGAGUCCGUGCUGCUGGCUGAAAUGCAGGAUGGUAACAUAAUACAUUGUGAACUUUAGUUAAGAGUGGGUUUAGAUGGUCCAUCCUUGUCUCCAUCUUUCUUCAUGGCCUUCAUUAGAAUUCUGUCUUUGCCACAGUUUUGUGCAGCAGAAAAGGUGUUAUAUUUGAGACAGUGUAAGUCUCAGAUAUAAUUUCUUUAAUUUCAGGGAAGAUGAAAAGGAAAUUUAUUUUUGGAGUGGAAAAAGGUGUGGUUGAAACUAUUUUAUUGGGUCUAUCUGGAAAUGCUUUGAAAACUCCACACUUGUUGAUGACUCCGCCCUCAACAGUUACUUAACCUGUGAGAACAAAUGGGAACCUUUUUAAGGUUUUCACCAAAGCAUAUGGGCUUGCAAUUCCAUGUAUCUGUUGGAAGUAACUUUUGCUGAAACCUUGCAUCCCCAUCCACUUGGAAUUAACUUCACAGAAGGCUUAUUGUUCUAACAACUGGGAUAAGCACUAAAGUGUGCAUGAGUAUUAGCAAAGCCUCAUUUAUGAUCAUAUUUUUAAAGCUGUCCUUUGUUAGGAAUAUGGUUCUUACAAGGAGGGAAGGGCAUCUUUGUCUAUCUCUCUCAAAAGGCUGUGUUUCAUCAGAUUUAGCUGCCUAAACCAGAAAGCAUGUGCACUUGUGAAACACAUGCAAGUCAUUGGUAGCAAGACUGUAAGUUGAACUCUCUCAAGGCAGGCUUUACCUAGUAUUGUGACAGAAAAAAAUCCCUGUUGCUUAGUUCUGCUUUAUUUGAAGCCUUUUAGGUUAUCUAAACUUCUGUGUAAAAUCGAUGGCUAUUGUGAAGGAGUGGUGGCAGUCAGGGACUACUCAAAUGGCAAGGGAGCUAUUGCAUUCAUCUUACUGAGGUUCCUUUAUUACAAGCCAGGGGCUAAAAGCCAGCAGUGAACUCCUUUUGCUUUUGAGAUACUAAAAGUGGUGUUUGUGAGGAUGGCUUUCAAAAUGUAUAUAUAAGAUAAACCUUCAAAAGAUUCUUUUUUCUUUUUGACCUUUGUAGGAGGUAAGCCUUGAUAGAUGGAGCCAGGUGACAAAGGCAGAAGGUUCUGCUUUUGUUGUUAUUUCCCUGGGUUUUUUUGGGGGGACUUAACCUGAGCAAAGUGCCAAAAGUCUGGCUCUAACCUUUAAGUUCAGAUGAUAAGCUAUUGCUUCCUGAACUACACAAAUAGGUUUGGUAUUAAAAGCCAAUCAUAUUUAUGUUUAUGAAAUUUCCUUCUUUGUAUGUUAAUUUCUCAUUCUCCUCUGUCUUCUGGAGUUGUUUUGUUGAUUGGUCAAGCAAAAGAACCAGAAAAUGAUUGAAGAAUACUUAAACUGCUACUAUAAAAACAUGAGGGGGAAAAACAUUCCCUUUUUAUGAGCUAUUUUUAACAAAAACAAAUGCUUCAGCUCACCACUGCAGUUUUAGUCCAGAAUCCUGGUUUUGAUUCCUCAGUGAAAUUAGCAGAAUUAGGCAGCAAAACAUCUUCAGGGAUCUGAUACAAAGUCUCUAGGUACGCCUUAGUACUGAGAGGCAAAUGCCCUAAGGUUCUGUUUCAUACUUCAGUAAUGAAGUUGUUUGACUUCAGAAAUGAAAAUACUGAGCUGUUUGUUUUCUGUCAGUAUUAACACAACUGUGGUGUAAGUUGAUCUUAGCUUAUGCUUGCACAGUAAGAGCCUCAUCGUCUCUUCCUUUUCUUUUGAGGUCAUGAAACGCGUACGCACAGAACAGAUUCAGAUGGCAGUGUCCUGCUACCUCAAGCGCCGUCAGUAUGUGGACUCAGAAGGUCCCCUAAAACAAGGGCUGAGGCUGUGUCAGACUGCUGAAGAGAUGGCAGCUAAUCUCACAGUCCAAUCUGAGUCUGGUUGUGCCAACGUUGUGUCUGCAGCUCCCUGCCUGGCAGAGCCACAGCAAUAUGAAGUACAAUUUGGACGAUUACGCAAUUUUCUCACAGAUUCAGAUUCUCAGCACAGCCAUGAAGUGAUGCCUCUUCUAUAUCCCCUCUUCGUCUACCUCCAUCUGAACAUGGUCCAGAAUGGCCUAAAAAGCACAGUGGACAGUUUUUACAGCCGCUUCCAUGGCAUGUUCUUGCAGAAUGCCAGCCAGAAGGAUAUCAUUGAACAGUUGCAGACUACCAUGACUAUUCAAGAUAUCCUGUCCAACUUGAAGCUCCGGGCUUUUCUGGACAACAAGUAUGUCAUCCGCCUUCAAGAGGACAGCUACAACUACCUUCUUCGCUACCUCCAAAGUGACAACAACAAUGCCCUGUGCAAAGUUCUGACCUUGCACAUUCAUCUGGAUGUGCAGCCUGCCAAGAGGACUGACUACCAACUCUAUGCUGGUGGGAGCUCCUCGCGCAGUGAAAGCAACGGCCUGGAACCCAGCGAUGUGCCAGCUUCCAUUCUGCAGAAUGAGGCAGCGCUGGAUUUAUUGCAGGACAGCAUUAAACGUGUCAAGGACGGGCCCCCUUCCUUAACGACCAUCUGCUUCUAUGCCUUCUAUAACACAGAGCAGUUGCUGAACACUGCAGAGAUUUCACCAAACAGCAAGCUGCUCGCUGCUGGGUUCGAUAACUCGUGUGUGAAGCUGUGGAGCCUGCGUUCCAGGAAGUUAAAAUCUGAGCCCCACCUUGUUGAUGUGUCCCGCAUCCGUCUGGCUUGUGACAUCCUGGAUGAGGAGGAGGAAGAGGAUGACAGCACGGGCACAGAAAUGAAGAUCCUGAGAGGACAUUGUGGACCUGUGUAUAGCACAAGGUUCCUUUCAGACAGUUCAGGACUCUUAUCUUGUUCUGAGGACAUGUCCAUCAGAUACUGGGACCUUGGGAGUUUUACAAACACUGUGUUGUACCAAGGGCAUGCCUAUCCUGUGUGGGAUUUGGAUAUUAGCCCCUGCAGCCUGUACUUUGCCAGUGGUUCCCACGAUCGCACUGCGAGGCUCUGGUCGUUUGAUCGGACGUACCCACUGCGAAUAUAUGCAGGCCAUUUGGCAGACGUGGACUGCGUCAAGUUCCACCCCAAUUCCAACUACUUGGCGACGGGCUCCACGGACAAAACUGUGCGCUUGUGGAGCACUCAGCAGGGCAAUUCAGUGCGUCUUUUCACCGGGCACCGUGGCCCUGUGCUGGCGCUUGCGUUCUCUCCCAACGGUAAGUAUCUGGCAUCAGCAGGCGAAGACCAGCGGCUAAAGCUGUGGGAUUUGGCAUCAGGAACUCUUUACAAAGAACUGAGGGGGCACACGGACAACAUAACCAGCCUUACUUUUAGCCCUGACAGUAGUUUGAUUGCUUCAGCGUCAAUGGACAAUUCAGUUCGGGUCUGGGACAUUCGGAACACUUACUGCAAUGCCCCUGCGGAUGGGUCUUCCAGUGAACUGGUUGGUGUAUAUACCGGGCAAAUGAAUAAUGUACUGAGCGUACAGUUUAUGGCCUGUAAUCUUCUUCUAGUGACUGGAAUUGCACAAGAAAAUCAGGAACAUUAAUUUUUUUUUUUUUUUUUUUUUUUUUAGGGAAGUGGGUGGGUGUAUUGAAUGUCAGAGUCCAUUGCAAGCUGAGAUUACUGACUGUGAAACACUUUUCUUCCUUUGCCCCUUGAAAGGCAUGUUCAGAGUAAUGCAGAUGCUUUAAGAUGUCACGAAAAGGCCUGUGCUGUUGAACAGAAUAAGGAAAAAAGGAGAAGUGAUGAAAAUACAUACACGUUCUAAUCUUGUACUUGUAGGAACGAGAAAAAGGGGAGUAAAUCCAGUAGCUUGGGGAAACCAAAAGCUUGGUCCAGACAAGUGAAACUGCCAACCAGAUAAGCUGCUGACCUGCACUUAAAUAUCCUGCGUUGAUUGAUGGGCACAUGUUACCUACUGUUAACUGAGGCUCAAGUGUGUGGAGAACUACUGGCCCAGUGUUUUUUGUUUUGUUUUGCUUUUGUUUUCCUGGUAUUGCAGAGGACCAGCAUUUUUAAGACCCUUCUAUUAAAAGAACAUUGUGUAUAUUCUACAAUGAUAGUGGUCCUAAAUACUACAGCUCCUUAUAGCACUUCUGGAAUAUUUUGGACUAAGUAAGUAGAAAAUACGAUUGUUCUUUUUUGUAAGGGGAUGAAAAUCUGACCUCAGUUGGGGCCCAUCUCUGCAUUGUCAUUUGGGUUUGAUUCCUGAUACUAGCUGUGAUAUUUGUAUUUAUGUUCCAUUAAUUAGGAAAUUUUCUGACUCUGGUUGCACUGUGUUUUGAGGAUGGGAGGACAGUGGGGGCAGAGCGGUGGCUUUAAGGGUAAUAAACAACUUGCCUUGUCUGGAGGGAGGGCACAAUAGAAAUAAAGUGGCUAAGUUUGGACUCCUAUUGGAAACAGGGCAUGUCAAUCCACCACUGCACCUCACAGAAAUAUUUCCAUAAAUGGAAGUUGGCAGUCCAGGGAGAGGGGGAUGAAGAGAGACACACAAAGUGACAUGGGAAAAAAUAGUCUUACUAAAUUAUUGUGUGUACACAGAGGCAGCUCUGCCAGUGUUGGAUUCUUCUCAAAUGUUGCAAUACCGGUUUCAUGAACACUUUGUGAGAUAAAUCAUCAGCAUUUACAACAAGGAUCUGCGGAAAAAGCACGUUCUAGUUUGUCAUUUGGAGAGAUUAAAUAUUUCUGCUUUCUGGAAA